CUUCAAAUAAAUGCUUUUAUGAUAGAGAAACAGUGAAAAUCAAGUUCUAACUUGGAAAGAAUUUAGAGGAUAUAGGCCACUAUAAAAAAAACAAUCUUGCACUUUGCUCUUAUAAUGUUUUAAAUCAAUAUUUGAGACAUCAGUCCCAGCAGCCAAAGAACGGAACGCGCGCAUCAUGGGGAGCGUACGCACUGUGGCGCAGGCUACAAGCUAUUAGCACCCGAGGCGUUCGUGGGUUUAAAAAACAUUCAAGGAAUAAACCGUGUAGUUGGUGCAAUAGAAGUAAAAGAAACUGCAUACGUGUCAUCAGCAGGAUAAAGGGAUGGAGUUCCCUGUGGACGUGUUGGAUUCAGUGAGGCAAGAGGAGGUGGAGCAGGCAGCAGAGGGCUACAUGACCCAGCUACGAUAUGUCAGCCCCGACAAGACCGAGAGCUUUACCCUGCCCAGCCACAGAAAGAUCAGUAUCGGUCUGUGUAACGUUGGUUUUGUUCCCAUCUAUGGAGGAGACCUGAAGCACAAGGUUAUGGCCCUGUUCUCCCCAGAUGAUCAGCUCACAGCGGUAGCUCUGUACCUGGCAGGACAGUGGUGGUCAGUAGAGGACAUCCUCAGAACCUCAGACCCCUCCAGAACUGGCCUGGUGAAGGUGAGGAGUCUUGGUGAGCGGCUCGUCCUGUACAUUCUGAACCGUAUCGUGUACCGCGUGGGUGAGAUGGACAAACCUGAGGUGCCCUUCCUGUGCCACGGCCAGCACGACUUCGCCAAGCUCCUCUGGAAGGACGGAAACGCUGUCGGGUUCUACUCAGUCAAACCCAAAGACAGCUUGUGUAAUAACUUUGUGACCCAGCGCUACCAGCUUCCUGUCAUGGACACCAUAUUUGUCAGGAAGUGUCACCGUGGAAACGGCCAUGGCCUGCAGAUGCUGGAGGACUUUGUGGACUCUUUCAAAGACAACCAGCUUGGCCUGAAGUACCCUCUCUCUCUAACCAUGUAUAAAGUGUGUGGCCGGUACCUGUGUCGGUACCCAGCUGACCAGGAUCUGCUGUGGGUGGUAGAGGGAGUGGGAGGACCUUACCAGAGAGAGAAUGUGGCCAGCAAGAUGAAAGCCCUAGCACUGAAAGCGGUGCUCCACGCGGUGACUUCUAACGGAGACCGACGAGCAGCCUCCCUGGACCACACAGACGUCAGUAUGGAGGAGGACAACUUUCUGGACAUCACUGAGGAUGUUUUGGUGGUAAAUACUCCCCUGAAGUUAAUAGAAGCGCUGGAUGGCUCACCUGUGUCAACGCGUAGCAGGAGUAGCGGAUAUAAAAAGCGUGGCAGAGAAGAGACUGAAGACUCCACGGAGGAGAGCCAUCCUCUGAAGAUGAACAGAAUGGAGGAUGCAAAGUCCGAGCCCACCAACAUGGUUGUAGAGGACGGAGGACAGGAGGAGGCGGAAGGAAGAGGGGGGGAGGAGUCUGGAGAGGCAGAGGCUGCUGUGGCCCAGGAGGAGGGGGAGGAGGAGGAGGUGACGGCGACGACCAAAGUUCAGGACAUCUUAGAAGCAGCUCCUGUGACGCCAGAGGGGUUGGCUGAAGCUGUGGAGGAGCAGGAUCCUCUCCCGUUAGUAGACGGUCCAGCGUCUGUUUCAGAGGAGGCCCCCUCGCCUGCAAAACCAUCCCCAGCAGAGGCCUUACUCUCUGGGGAUGUGCGUGAGGAGGCUACACCCAUGGAAGAAGGAGAUGAGGUAGAGGGAGGAAAGGACACUGUAGUAGCAACUCCUGUGGCGUCAGAGGGGUUGGCUGUGGUGGAGGAGGAGGCUCCUCUCCCGUUAGUAAAAGAGCCGGCCUCCGCUCCAGAGGAGGCCCCCUCGCCCAUGGAAGGAGAGGAGGUAAAGAGAGAAGAGGUGGAGGAGAGCGCAAUGGAGGAACCAGAGGCGAAGAAGAAAUUGGUGGAGGUCAUUGCGGUGGACAGCAGUAGCCAGGAAACGGUGGUCCAGGUGCUGGGAGGAGACCUGUCCUACCAGCCUCUGGAGGAAGGAGAGGAGGAGGCGAAGGAAGAGGUCCUGGUCGUGAAUGAGGAAAAUAAAGGGGUAGAGGAGAUGGAGAAUGCUACGACUACAGAAGAGUUCGAGGAGGGAAGUGAGAGCUCCGACGAGGGAGGCAAGGGUCAGGCCCUUUGGAGGAGAGUUGGAGGCAGUGGCCCGGCGGCGCCUGAACGUAAAUCUAAGAGACUGAACAGAGUGGUCAUCGAGCAGGACAGGGAGCAGCCAGAGGUCACAGUGGAAGAGGAGGAGAAAGCUACAACUACAGAGGAGGAGGAGGAAGAAGAGGCUGUAGAGAAGAGUUGGGCUGAGGAAGAGGUGGAGGAAGAGGAGCAGCCACAAGUGAUUGACCAGAGGGCAUUGAGAAGGAAGAGCCGACCGGUCCAGACUCCAAAUAAAGCCAGAGGGAAACGACAUGGCAAGAUCUAAACACACCAGGC